AUGUCAACCCAGCGCAAUAAGGAACUCCCUACCCUUGGGGGCCAAGGUAGACUCGUCGUAACGAAUUUUACUGACGACUUGGUGCAUUUAAUGCGAAAUACCCACCAACCAACUUGGGUCGACCAGCAUUUAGGCGAGAAGGCGCUGUCUACGCUGGACUCCUCAGCUUGUGCCAACGCUUUGGUCACCGUCAAGGAUUUUCUCAGCGAGUUCCUUGCUUCUCCAAAUUAA